UUCAAUGCCGAGGAUCGGCGCAGGGGAGCGGUCUGUGUCUGGAGUGUUCGCCGCGGAGGAGAGCUGAAACAUGUCCGGGGAAAAAGCUGCGAGUCCCUGUAACAAGUUCCAGGCGAACAUCUUUAAUAAAAGUAAGUGCCAGAACUGCUUCAAGUCCCGGGAGCUGCAUCUGCUGAACGACCAUGACAAGGAGCAGGCCAAACCCAUCUACGGAGGCUGGCUGUGUUUGGCUCCUGAGGGGACAGACUUUGACAACCCAAUGCAGAGGUCGAGGAAAUGGCAGCGGCGCUUCUUUAUCCUGUACGAACACGGCAGCCUGAGCUUCGCCCUGGAUGAACUGCCGAGCACUUUGCCACAGGGGACGGUGAACAUGAAUCUGUGCACAGACAUCACAGACGCUGAGCCCAGGACGGGCCAGAGAAACGCACUCUGCAUCGUCACGCCGGAGCAGGAAAUAUACAUCCGUGGUGACAAUAAAGAGAUCAUGAACGGGUGGAGUGAACAGCUCGCAGUGUAUCUAUGCACUAACAAGCAAAAUCAGAAGAAAAAGCGCAAAGUGGAACCUGUUACCACGCAGGAACCCAGUCCAGCAAAGAUGGCUGCAACUGAUCCGGCAGAGUCCGGCUGCGGUCGGUGGCAGGAAGACCAGCAGGGCAGGGGACCGGAUGUGACCCCCAUCUGGACUGUCACAGAAACGGAUCCCCCGGGCCCGGGGCAGACCCCUGCAGGCAACACAUCUGCCUACCUGUGCCCGGUCUCCAGGGGCUCUCUGACCUUGGAAGGUGCCGGCAGUUUCGGGAGCCCAGUUUUGGACUUGGCAGCCAAUGGAAACACAGAGCCCGGCGUUAACAACCAGCUGGCUGAGUCAAACAACAUCCAAACACCAGCAAACAACAAAAACCAGAGCCAGGACAGAAGCCAUGGCAGCAACGCAGAGGGGACUCUGGGAUUGAAGGCCACCAAGAAAGAGCAGGGAUGGAGGGCAGCCGUUUCCAGGGAGGGCAGGAGCGAGGCUCGCACCAGCAAACGAGAGAAGCUGCAGUCGUGUGGAGACAUAACCCAGCUCAGCGCUCCGCCUCCUCAGAGACGAGCCAAAUCUCUGGACCGCAGGACGUCAGACACUGUCAUGACUCCAGAUUUAUUAAACUUCAAGAAAGGCUGGAUGGUGAAAUUGGAUGAAAAUAACCAGUGGAAGAAAUUCUGGUUUGUGCUGUCGACGGACAGUCUGAGAUACUACAAGGACUCAGUGACUGAGGAGGCGUCAAAUCUUGAAGGAGAAAUCGACCUAACAAGGUGUUAUAAUGUGUCUGAGUAUCAGGUGCAGAGGAACUACGGCUUUCAGAUCCAUACCCCGAAGGCUGUCUACACGUUGUCAGCCAUGACUGCAGGGAUACGCAAGAACUGGAUCCAUUCUCUGAUGAAAAACAUGCAUCCAGCUAAUGCUCCAGAUGUCGCCAGUUUACCUGGACACCACGUUCCCUGCAGCCCACCUGAAGCACUCCCCAAACCAGACGUGACUCAGGACUCUCCCUCCACUGACGUCCCCACAGAGAGGGACCCUCACCCCAAACCCAGGACUGUGAUGGAAAGACGGCGGGAAGGACGCUACAAAACCUUCGACUGGACCGAGUUCAGACCUCAGAACAAGCCGACACUGGAGACAGAUCGUCAGAGGAGUAAAUCUCCGUGCUCGCUGGAGCUGGGAGACCUGGAGAGAAGGAGGCGGCGUGAGGAGAGGAGGAGGCGGUACGAGAGCGUGCUGGGCUUCUCUCUGAGUUGGGAAGAGGUUGGAGACAAGGCAGAGGACGGCAGUGUCAGAGCACUGAGUCCAAAAUCACAGCAAAAAGUAGAAGAAGAGAUAGAGGAGUGCUGGAAGCAGGUGGAGAAGACAGUGUUCAGACUGGAGAGGACAGUCCCACUGUUUUCUGAAGCCAAAGACACUGUGGAGAUGGAGAAGCUGCUGGACAGCUACAGGAAGGGGGUUGAGGAUCUGAGGGUCCAGCUGGCAGAGUCGGAGCGUCACAGACUGGAGCUGGAAGCUCAGCUGAGUCCAGCAGGAUCUCAUCAGCAGCAGGUCACAUCGCUGGAUCCUCCUUUAGAUUUUGAAGCAGAUCUUUGCUCAGCAGACUCAAACGAAAACUCGUCAAACAGCCAAACACAGAGCCUGAAAGGUGUAUACGAAGACCAGGUCAUCAGACAGGACGCGGAGCUGCAGCUCGGCCAUGAACCGUCUCCAUCGCCACCUCAGAUGCCCAGCAUCUGGCUGCAUGAUACAGAGGGAAAUUUCCAAGACUUGGGAGAUUUCUUUCCUGAGAGUGUGGCCACACCUUUACUCUCGCCUGCAUCAGACAGCCAACACGUACUGUCCCAGAGUGAUGGACAAGUUACAGGACUGAACUUUGAUGGAACAACAACCAACCACCAGAAGCAGCUGGACGGAGAAGACAGGCAGCUAUUUCCCACCUCAGAAACACAAAUAAAUCACAGUGAAUGUAGCUCACAUUCAUUAAUCUUGCCUGCAGAGGGAGGUGACAGCCCACUCAACGGUCUCAUAGAGCAGCACAUUCCUCCAGACCAGGCGAUGGUGAGGAGGCUUUCCCAAGAGGUGGAGCUGCUCACCAGCCAGAACGAGGCUCUCAACCAGCGCAACCAGGAGAUGCUAAACCAACUGACAGAGGCGGACCGCGAGAUAGAGCGGCUGAAAGCAGAGCUCAGCAGCAGGUAUACCGAACCCCAUCACCUUCCAGAAGUGGAGCAGCAGGAGAAGAUGAGGGCAGAAGAUCUGGAGCGGGAGCUGGGCGUGAGGAACCAGGAGCUGCUGGAGGCCCAGGCACUCAUCACGUCUCUGGAGGAAAAUCUGAAGGAGACAGAGGCCCUGCUGCAGCUGAACGUCCCGGCAGGAAAGGAAGAAACAGGAGAGGAGAGAAAUGACCAGAGAGCCGAGGGAUAUCUGCUGCGGUGUUUUGAGGCGACUGAAGCUAAGCUGACGGAGCUGGAGAGGCAGCUCAGCCAAUCAGAAAUGAACUGCAGGGAGCUGCAGGUGCAAAACGCGGAGCUGAAGGAGGCUGAGAAACUUUACCAUCAGAGAGCUGCAGAGGCAGAGGCCGACAUCAGGAGGCUGAGGCAGGAGUUAGAGAAGAAUGAAGAAAAUGAAGAAAAGAGAUGUGCUUCUGAUGAAGAAAGGAUCCAGCAAGUGAUACAGGGGAUGGUCGUGAGGUUGGAAGCUUUGGGGAAGUUAUUGGAGGUGAUUGACAGGUUGGAUUUUGGAAAAGAAAGUGAGGAUGAGGAGAAGGUUCCUGCAGCGAUGAGUCAGCUGAAGUGGGAGAAAGGGUUCUGCAGUUUGCUUCUCAGUGAACUACAGGCCAGCUAUUCCCAAUCAAGUGAGGAGAAGUCUGUUGAAGUGCUUCUUAGUGAGGUGACAGAGCAAAUGAUGUUAGAGAGGGAGAUGCUGCUUUUAGGCCAUGAGACGGGUUCAUGCACAGAUGAGGGAAGGGAGGGUUUGAAAGAUUUGGAUAUUAUCUGGAAUACUGUAAGUGUGACAGGGACAGAAACCAAAAAGAUCCAUGAAACCAAGAUAUUUGAUUUUGAUCAGCAGCUGUGUGACGUUGAACAGUUCAGAGCGAUCACACGGAUGAAAAUUUCUUUACUAAACCACGUCGCCUCCUCUGUCAGCACCUCUGCUCCUGAAAAACUGUGGGUCACCGCAGACAGGCUUAAAGAUGCUCACAUUUCAGAGCAUCCUUCAUUUGGUUUCAUUCACUCUGUAGCCACUGAAGCACUGUACUGCUGUCAUUUAAACCGGGUUCAGUCAAGAUGUGUGAAGGAACUUGAAGAAACCAAACAGAAACUUCUCAACUGCAGCAACUGUGUCAAACUGAUGGAGGAAAACAGGGAGAUAAAAGCAAGGCUGUCAAACCUGGAAGGACAACAAGCAUCUUCACAGAGACAAAAGAUGAACGUGUGCUGUCAAACAGGUGAGACUUUCCCACAGGACACAGACAUGGACACAGACACAGAGCUACAGACAACAAAGGACAAUACUGCAGAUAGAAUUAGACAAGAAGAUGUUCAACACAAACCUGAGGAAGAGGAGAUGGUGGAGUCCUCACUCUACUGUACGGAAAUCCCACUUUUUGGAAUCCAAGAGGUGUCAGAUGAAAACUUAAAGGGAUGUGAUGAAUCCCACCAGGAAGCAGAUCCAGACCUGGAGACAGAGCAAGUUUUAGAGCUGAGAAGAAGAGUGAAGGCGCUGGAGGAGCUGCUGUCUGCCACUGUGGAGGAGAUGAAUGAAGAGUUUGAGGGGAAAAUAAGUUCUGUUCAGACGCAGCAUGGGAAGGAGAUGGAGAAGCUGAAGGCCACAUGCCAGCGUGGGUUCGCCUCCAUGGAGGAGUCUCAUCUGAAGGUCAUGGAGGAGCUGCAGCGCCGACACCAACAGGAGGUGCAGCGCCUCCUGUUGGAGAGAGACCAGCUGCUGGAGGAGGAGAGUGCGGCAACUGCAACCGCAAUCGAAGCCAUAAAGAACGCCCACCGUCUGGAGCUGGAGAGGGAGGCGCAGAGGAGGUGUCAAUCAGAAAACAGCAACGGAAACACAACCCAGGAAGACAUACACAGACAACACAGUGAGGAGCUGGCCUCUUACCAGCGGGAGCUCGAGGUUUUGUCCCAGCAGUUCUCUCUUAAGUGUCUGGAGAAUGGACACCUUGUCCAGGCUCUGGACGCAGAGAGGAAGGCCUUGUGUCAGUGCCAACAGGAAAACCAGGACCUGAGGACCAGAAACCAGGAGGUGAGUGGUCACCUCGCAGCAGAGAUCACCAGGCUGUGUUCACUGGCCAAACAGGACGACCUGCUGCUCAGUCAGGGAAUGGACGUCUAUGAGAUGGAGAUCACUCUGCGAGUGAAGGAGUCUGAGGUGCAGUGUCUGAAGCAGGAGAUCACGUCUCUGAAGGAUGAACUGCAGUCAGCACAAAGAGACAAGAGGACUGCAACAAAGAAGUACAAGGGCAUGUACACGGAGCUGAGCAUCAUGGGAGCCAAAACGCAGAGAGAGAUGGAUGAACUGAGAGAGAACCUGAGGCUGGCUCAUCAGGCUCUGGACCAGACUUCACCGUGAAUUUCACAGUUUUGACAAUAGUAGCUUUAAAUUUGUCUUCACUGUAACAACAAGUACUUUACCCUCAGUAUUACCUUCAAGACGUAUUAAAAAAAUAGAUAUAUUUAAUAAAUCCAAAAACAAUCUCACUUCACACUCCUUUUUUAGUUGGUCUUGGAGAUAAAUAUUUUCAUAAUGUCAGUCAUUCCUGUCUGGACCAAGUGUUUAAGAUUAAUUCCUCCUGUGUCAAACUUAUAUUCUUUUUUUUUUUUUGUCCUUAAAUAUAUGGACCAAAUAUCGCCAUAAAAAAAUACAUGGCUAUGUUCUGUGUUGUACAUACAGCAUUUUAUCUGAACAGCCACGUGGUUCUACUUUAAUCUGUUUUGCACAGUAACUUGUUUUAUCAGAUAUCAGAUGUAAGUUAUUCUCCAGCCUCUUACACUGCUGUAUGUGUUCUCGUUAAACUGUAUUUUUAAGCGAUUAAAUAUUUUAAAUUAAACACAUUUUAUAAACAUUUCUGGCAGGUAACUUUACUGUCACACACAAACUGUAAUUUAUAUUUGUACACUUCAGUGUUAUUCAUAUAAACGGAUUUUUUAUUAAAUGACAUUGGCAGA